AUCGUGCGAACGAAUUGUAUCUCGUGGGCACACAAUAUCAUUUCGUGGCCUCAAAAUACAUUUCUAAAAUCUAUCCGUGAUCCUUCCUGGAAUCCGUCCAGAACAACUAGCUAAGAUUGGUAAAGCAGGUAGGGAAUAGGCCUAGGACAUUGUGGGUAUUCUGAGUAGUAGCCUAGUGGGGUACAGGACACACAGAAAACGGUGGUAGAAUCAAAUGUUUGAAGGAGAUAGGAUUAUUUAGUAGAAUUUAGUGGGUUUUGUUUUGAGGAUAGAAUUCCUGUGAUGUAAAGUAGUCUGGUUAGCUACGUACUCCGAUACAGUAGUGGCGGUAUGCAUUUUAAGUAAUGGUUGCAACCCGCCAUUAAAUCAAAAGAAGAAGAAGACACCCUGCUUUCUAGGGAUUACGUUCUCGGUGGCUGCACAGUAUAACAUGUCUACAGACAUGCCGCCGGGCAGUCUGAAUGUGGAGUCGCAGCUUUUGUCCAUAAUGGACGAGCUGGUGAAAGCGGCGGUGGUGGAAAUCAGUCAGCUUUUCUCGGUGAGCUCGGCGUCUCUCCGCCUGAAUCUAACCCAGAGUCUGAAGGAAAACGAAGCCCUGAGGAUGAGGAUGAAGGUGAUGAGGAGCGAGCUCUUCUCACUCAAGCUGCAGACUAGGACCAACCGACCGGCGAGCCGCUUUUCCCCGAUCAGAGGAAGUACACCCAAACCACGGGCUAAACCCCAAGUUGUCAUUAAGCCACCAGUGGCUCAAAAGACGGGUGGGGAAGCUGCUUCUAUUACUUUACAAUCAGAGAACAAGACUUCUGCCACUCCAGUGGAGUGUGCAGGCGGGGAGAUCCCAGAUGUCAUCCUGAUCAAAGAUGAAGAUGACGUCGGCGGAUGUGGACCAGUUGUAGGUCAGAAUGACUUUGGAAACCCCAGUAUGCAGGGUGAUGUUUCUACAGGGACUCAGAAUUUAGAGUCCUGCCUGACUAGUGAUAAUAAGGAGCUGAGAAUCGUGAGUGUUCACGGACGAGGGGAAGGGCCUCUGCAGGAGGAGAGAGACACCUUCUUCACUGUCUCUGAACUCCAGGCUUUUAGCUCUCUGUCUCCUGACCAUAACGUCAUUCAUGACAGUCUCCAGAAUUUCACCACUGGUGCCAGUGACAGAGCCCCGAUGAGAGGAAUGCAGGAUAACAGAAACAACCAACUGGAACAAAAUCAUUCCACCCAAAUGGCUUCAACAGCAUUUAAUCCUGCAAUAAAUACACAAAUAGUAGGAGCUGAUGGUCAAGUGGGGCACCCUAGUCUUGUCAGCCAGUUUGCCCAGCAGCAGAAUGUCUUCCCUCACGGUGUCAACAAAUCUCUGGACUGCAGCUUCUGUGGCGAGCGCUUCCUCAGCCGUGAAGACCUGAUUGUGCACAGGGCAAGUCACACCGGAGAAUCGCCCGUUCUUUGUACCUUUUGCGGUAAAUCGUUCAUCAACAAGAAUACGCUGGGUAUCCACAUGCGCAUUCACACUGGGGAAAAGCCGUACGCUUGUACGCAAUGUGGGAAACGCUUCACGCAGAACGGCAGCCUGAAGAUCCACCUGAGGACCCACUCUGGAGAGAAGCCAUACACCUGCAAUCAGUGCAGUGCCAGCUUCAACAACCCCAGCAACCUGCGCAGACACAUGACCACACACAACCCUAAUGGAGUGCUCUGACCAAUAACGAUACAAAGUUUGAAGAUUAAUGUAAAGCUUUUACAUUUUUAAGCAUGUUACUUUUACUGACACUUGUCACAGUGUGUAUUCGGGGAAUGUGUGUUUCCUCCAGUAGCUUAUGUUCUUGUCCUUUUGUGUUUCUAGUUUUGGAACUGCACAGGGAACUUGUCAUGCUUCAAAUGUACUUGAUGAAGUACUACUAGUACACCAGCAUAGCUUGACAACAUUCCAGUAAAAUCAACGGACUGUGGUACAUUCUUUUUAAUUCUGAAUGAGCCCCGCCAUAGGAAAACAACAUUCAAAAAUGCCUUUUUAUUUGUCUUUGCUUUUUUAAACUGUCUGAAAAGCAGACAAACGUAUGCCUUAUUCAUCAUUUAAGGAAAAUAUGCAAUACCUUCAUAAAGAAAAAAAAUGACUGACACAACCAUCUCUGCAAAUUAGACAACUGUAGCUCAAUGCUAGAUAAGUAAUUAUUCAAUUUGUCGAACCCGUGGUCGCUGGGUCGAGGAGUAAACCUCUAUAUAUGGGCGCCUGCUCCACCAGGUGAGCUACCCCUCAGAGGCUAUCUUGACUGAUUUGACACCAUCAACACUUGGAGGAAAGCAUUUGCAGGCCAGAGAGGGACGGGGAUGGCUAAUGGCCAUUUUACAGUAGCCACCGACGCAGGUCUGGAAGCUAAAGUGGCCAAAAUCAUGAACAGUGACAUUGAAAUAAAGAAUAAUACAGUUAUUGAUGGCGUUAUGGAUAAAAAUCAAUUGUGUUGUAUCACAUUAAUAUUGUGAUAUAGUAAAUACUCAAGAAACUUUAUCUUAAACACAAAUUAAGGCCUGACAAAUUAAGGUAGGGCUGCUCGAUUAUGAAAAAAAAAAAUCAUAAUCACAAUUAUUUCACAUGAUUACUUAUUACCUUUUGGAAAGAUGUUGCAUUUGUUGAAAUAAAUAAAAAAACAGAUCAACAGUGAAAACUAUAUGAGAGUGUACUUGCUAAAUGUUAUGUGCAAAAUAAUUGUUUUUUUCGAUUACAUUGUUUUUGUGAUUGUUGGGAGCUGGCAUCAAAAUUGCGAUCAAAACUUGAUUAAUUGCUAAGCCCUAAAUUAAGGUAUUCACUUCCAAUAUAGUCAUAAAUCAGUCAUGCACAUUUGUUUGCCCACAGUGGCCUAAUGCAGAUAUUAAAGGGAUCACAUUUUGUAACUGGUCUGCAAAAUCCAGUUAUGAUAUGGUUUGCAAAUGUUUGGUAUAAAUUGGUAUAUAUUGCCGUAGUGCCCCACCCUAGGUACAAUAAAAAAAAUUACCAGAAUGCUAAUGUAAAGUGUUCUUGAAAGAUUCUCACGUCACAACAUUGACAAAGAUUCCCAUGCACUGACUAAGCUUCAGACCUGGAUUUAUCAAUAUAAACAUAACUUAUUAGGAAGUACAAAUGUUUGGCUUAGCCUACUGUUUACUGAGCUGCAUACCUGACAAAAGGAGAUACACAUUUAACCGUCUUUCAUUUGUGUGUGUGUUUCAUUUAAAAAGAAAAUUAACUACCUCCACUGUUGUCUCUCUUUUCCUCUUUUUGUACUCCCCAUAUGGUUUCAGACACAGCAAUAAUCAGUGUA